AAACAUAUGUGACAAUCCACCACGUUUUUUAUUGUUGGUGACUUGUCUGUUGAUAACAGAGUCAGUAUCUUGUUCUUGUGAUAAGUUAUCAUUCUGCGAGUGAAAUUGAGUGAAUGUGGUUGAGGAAUCUCAUUAUUUGUUAUAGCACUACAAUCAGAAUGAGUCGCACUCCAGACCCCGCUAAGUUACUCUUGAGGGAGAAGGUCGCCACCCGCAUAGCACAGCUGUCCACUGAGGAGAAGAAAAGACAGUCGGAAAUCGUUUACGACAAAAUAAUCAACCAUCCUUACUACAAAUCAGCCCAAAGGAUAGCUAUCUUCAUGAAUACCGACCAAGAGAUCGAUACAAUGCCAAUCAUAGCUCACAUCAAGGGUCGCAGUGCAGUCGCCUUCGUUCCUCAAUACGCUGGUGGAGUCAUGAAGAUGCUGAGGCUGGAGCAGGAUGAUGAGAAGACCAUGCCUCUCACCAGGCAUGGGAUACAGCAGCAUUCGAAAGACCAGCAGAGGGAAGACGCUUUGGAGAAAGGCCUAGACCUGAUCAUCGCCCCAGGAGUGGCGUUCUCCCGCAGCGGCGGACGAGUGGGGCAUGGGGGAGGAUACUAUGACAAGUACAUCACCAAGCUGAGGGCGACCCCCAAGCCGCCCAAGAUAAUCGCCGUGGCCUUCGACUGUCAAGUGAUGGACGAAGUUCCUAUGAACGACCAGGACCAAAGGAUUGACGGAGUCAUCUUUGCUGACCGUUAAAUUAUAGAUUACAUUAGGGUCAUUCCACGUCAAAUCGACCAAUAGUUGGACUCGACCCCUUUCGAUUUGGAUAAAUUUUGGUCAGAAGUUUUCUUUUAUCCUAUAACGAAGUUCUGCCGAAGAAAAAAAAUUAAAAAUUUUUUUUUUCAAAAGUUAUGCAAUAUCCAAAAUUUCACUAUUUUCCAUAUUUUUUAAAUUUAUGUUUUAAAAAUCUCGAAAACUAUUGCAAUUAAAAAAAUCGAUUAUGGUAAACUUCAAAGGGGAUACUUGGGUCUAUUAAAAAAAAAAUUUCCAAAAAAAAAUUUUGAAAAAUCUCCAAUUUGUGAAAUUUUGAAUUUUUGAAAAUUGUCAAAAUAGACCGUCGACAAUAAAUUUUUGGCUCAAUUUUUUUUGUGUACUACCUUGUACCAAUCUUAAAAAAUCCUGAAAUUUUUGGAACUGUGUUUUUUGUUUUUUCAAAAAUAUGAAUUUUUGAAAUUUGUUAAAAAAAAAAUUUCUUAAAUUUUUUUUUUAACAAAUUCAAACACCUGAUGAGCUAUUCCAAUGGGCAAAAGAAAAUGUUCACGGAAUCAAUUGUGACUUUGUUUCAAAUGAGCAGAUUCAGCGUACUCAAAAAAAACUUAACCAGAGAUUUAAAAAUGUUCGAAAUUGUCAUGCCGCUAUUCCCAUUUCAAGUGAUGUGAUGAGAGUAAAAACCUCAUCCUCAUCUGAGGAAGGAAAGGAUUUCCGGUUAAAAAAUACAGAUAUCUACGAGUUCGUUGAAGAACCAGAUAUUAAAAGCAGGUAAAAAUCUGAAAUUUCUGUGUUAGUACUUUAUCUAUUUUAAGUUUAUCUU